AUGCUGAGCUGCAAGAGGCUUCUCACUCUCUGGAUACCCCUCGGAAAGAAGCUCGUACCUGUCCCGGCGUGGCACUGCCAGCUGGCACUGGCCUUGACACAGACGGCCUUCUGCAUCGGCAGCGUGUACCUCAAGUCCUGCCUGCGCCAAGUGAACUCUGCCAACGGCCAAGUAUUCCACCCCAUCAUCUAUGCCUUCCUGCGGGAAGUAAUCGCGGGGCCCAUCAUGUGCGCCAUGGCGUGGUUCAUGACAGGGCUGCUGCCGAGGAGGGUGGAUCUGGUGCGGGUGAUGGCGCUGGGGCUGUGCCUGUACUUCAACCAGCUCUUCUACAUUGUGGGCAUCGACAUGUCGGGCGUGGUUGUGGCCACCUGCAUGCAGCCCACCAUCCCAGUCUUCACCGCCAUGAUCGCCGUGCUACUCAACCUGGAGGCCGGCUCCCUCCAAAAGUUCAUCGGCAUCGCGCUCGCAGUCGGCGGCUCCAUCUGCAUGGUGUUGGGGGGCGUGGGGGGGCACCACACGGCGGCUGAGGGACGGCACCUGAUGCUGGGCAACAUGUUCCUGCUGCUCAACACGCUCGCGAUGGCCUGCUACUACCUCAGCGCGAAGCAGCUGGUGGCCAAGUACCCGGCCAUCUGCGUGGCGGCCUGGUCAUACGUGACGGCGGCGGUGUGCAUGGGGGCCACUGCGCUGCUGUUUGUGGAGCAGGACGGCUGGGAGGUGCCCCGGCAGCUGUGGGGCCCGCUGGUCUACUGGAUCUUCAUAUGCUCCGUCAUCGGCUAUUACGUCGUCACCUGGGCCACGCAGUACUUGCCCGCCUCGCAGGUGGCUGCGUUCCAGUGCCUGCAGCCGAUGGUGGGGACGGUGCUGGCGUUUGCAGUGUUGGGGGAGGAGCCGUCGAUCUGGGACUUGGGCGCUGUUGGAGUGUUUGCGGGGCUGUUGCUGGUUGUGAGUGACAGGAAGGACGCCAAGGAGCAUCCUGUCAUGUUGGGCAUGCGGCGAAUACUGAGCCAGCAGAAGCUGCUGCAUGGGCAGCUGUCUGGCGUGCUCCGGCCGCAGCAGAAGUUGAAGACUGCCAAGUCUGGGGGCAAGGCUGCCUGGCAGGAGGUUGUGUAG